AUGCCUGAUGCCAUCCUGGACGACAUCUCUCACCGACGCUUCAACCCACUGAGGNGAAGUUGGAUUCUGGUCUCUCCCCACCGUACCAAGCGACCAUGGCACCUUAGANNGGACAGCAAGAAGGCGCUUCGAAGACGACACUUCCUGAUUAUGACCCUUCGUNGCUACCUCUGUCCUGGCAACAAGCGCGCUGCCGGCGACUCCAACCCCAAAUAUGAGAGCACCUACGUCUUCGUCAAUGACUACAGUGCUGUGAAGGAAGAGCAGGCCGAGUACGAGCAGCCAGCCAACGAUGGCAGUAAGCUUUCACCAUCGCCAAUACGAAGAUUGGUCGCUGACUUGGUUCAGGUCNUCACCAACACGCUCCUGCGCGCUGAGCCUGUUACUGGCAAAUGCUAUGUCAUCACCUUUGCUCCGACACACAACUUGACCCUCGCCGACCUCCAGCCCUCUCAGAUCCUCCCUGUCAUCAAUACCUGGACCCAGAUCUACACUACUCACUUGUCUCCCAAGUCCAUCCUCGCCGAAGUCGCAAAACCCACUACUAUUGCUCCCCAUGGCCAGGACCUCGCUGCACCGAAUGCCCAAUACCGCUACAUGCAAAUCUUCGAGAACAAGGGUGCUGCAAUGGGCUGUUCCAACCCUCAUCCUCAUGGUCAGGUCUGGUGCACGACUGGCACACCAGAAGAGCCCGCUCUUGAGCUAGAGAGUCUGCAAAAAUACCGCAAGGAGCACGGUGGAUCACACAUGCUGGUUGACUAUGCCAAUCUCGAGUCUGAGAAGAAGGAAAGAGUCGUGUUCGAGAAUGAAUCCUUCCUUGCUGUAUGUCCCUGGUGGGCUACUUGGCCCUUUGAGGUCAUGAUCAUCGCCCGCACUCAUAAGCGUGCCUUGGUCGACUUCAACGACAAGGAGAGGCAGGACUUGGCCGAGGCUAUCGCAGAAGUGACAAGACGCUACGAUAAUCUCUUUGAAACCCAGCNNAUGGGUCUCCACCAGGCACCACUCGAAGGCACACCCGAAGAGAUCGAGGCCAGCCACUUCCACAUCCAUUUCUACCCUCCCCUUCUCCGCAGCGCUACCGUGCGGAAGUUCCUGGUUGGUUACGAGAUGAUGGCAGAGCCUCAGCGCGACAUCACUCCUGAGCAGGCUGCUGCCAGACUCAGAAACUGCGGCGGAGAGCUUUACCGCAAGAAGCUGAACUAA